AUGAACGGCCCUUCAGUGUCGCCAGGCGGCGCGCAAGCAGAGAAGGCGGACCAGCACGAGCAGGAUGUCGAGAACCGCGAAGCAUACCAGUACUGGGGCUACCUAUUCAAGCCGGAUAAGACAGGCUCGGAUCGCCUGAAGAGCCUACUGAGAGGUCUGAAAGACGUGAUGAACGAGCACCACGAACCCUACGACAGCCCAGACCUUACGCCUACACAAUUGGCGAGCUUCUACCGCGAGCUGCAUGGGAACUACGACCAGCUGUUCCUCGGGACGCCGAGCGAGAGUAUAGCAUUCAUCUACAAGUCUCUGGGGUGUCUGCACAGCUUACAGCCGCUGUCGCAUUCGACCGCGUUCACCGACCCGACUGUGCCUGCGCUGAAGACUGAAGGAUGGAUCAUGUGGCAGACUAUCCAGCUGCUGCUGGGUCCAGAAGAGCACUCCAGCUUUCUAAUGGAGGCGGUACAGAAAUGGGAUGUCAAGGACCCGCAGAGUGGAGAGGUGUUCCCGAAGAUCCUGCCACGGCAGUGCUUUCCUGUGGAGCCGGACAAGCACAUGGUGGCGUGGUAUGAAGGCGUAUCGGAGCGAUUGAGAAGGGAGGCAGAGGAAGAGGAACAUCAGAGGGACAUCGAAGCGGAGCAGGCUGAGCAGAAACGAUUGCACCCCAAGAAGGAGGAAGUAGAGGACGAUGAGGGGUCGGUGGACUCGAGAGGUCCUGCGCUGGCGUACUUCCGCAAUCCGCUGUUUCGGCAUGUGGAUGGGCGGCCGUCGAUUGUGAGGCGCAAUAGCAAGCGUCCGCAGCUCAGUCCGCGGCCGACCGUGAUAGAUAAGGGUAAGGGGGCUGCGACUACCAUGGGCCAUGUCAUUCGCAACAUCGGCAGUCCGCAUUUGUGGGAUGGACGGCACCCGAGCAAGAGUCAAAGUCGUGAGCGCGAUCGGUAUGGCAAGCGGAGGACGAGUCUGCCGGACAAUCGAUACUCGCAACCUAGCGAGCCUCCCACUUCAGCUGGAUAUGAUGCCUCGUUCGGGCCGGGCUACAGCAAGCAAUCGCGAAGACGAAGCGGACAAGUGGACCAUCCGCCUUCCGGAUCUUCUGGCGAGGAUGAGCCACCGCCGGGUGUGUCGCCACGACCCGGUUCACACUACCAAAGCCAUCAGCAGUCUGCCGACGAACGUGACCCGACUAUUAGGCAUAGUCGCAGCCACGAGCCGACGCCGAGUCAGAAGGAGUAUCCUGACUACUUCCACGGCUUUGACGAUCCAUCCCGGCGCAACUCUACCUACGACAGCGCCAGUCCAGCUCCGUCUGCAAAUGGCGUCGGCCCGUCCUUUGGCCCAUCUGCCAGCCCACUGUUCGCGUCGCACGUAGCCAAGCAGCCUCAACCUGCUCCUCCACCGCAGCCUCGAUUCCAGUCCGGGGAGCAGUGGGGACCACCUCGCAAGGCCCCCUCCGUACGACGGGCGCAGGAGAGACCGUACAGCCGCUCACCAGACCCUUCUUCCCGCCACCGCGACGACAGAGACAGAGAUUCCCGCCACCAUUCCUCCCGCGACCGCCGCCCGCGCUACGAACAGUCUCCGUCACGUAUGCACGACGACUCGCCUCAUACCAGCCAGCCCGGCUUCCCACCCAUGGGUCCACCACCCGAUGACCAUGGUCGAAGGGGCAGCGGAGCACCAAGCCAAGGACAUUUGCCAGGGAGAGAUCGGAGGAGCCAUAGGUAUAGUGGCAGCGACGCUAGUGCGUACAGUGGUGCGGAGGACAGGGACAGAGAUCGGGAUAGGAGGAGUAGCAGGCCGAAGCAGACGCGGUUCUCGGCGGGAGUUGAUGGGAGGAGGUAUCCUAAUGAGACGCCUUGGAGGAGUUGA